AGCACUAAACCACUUCCACAGUCGCAUACUAGUGUUAUUAUGGGCAUUACUGAAGCCAUGGCAUCCAAGCCCUCAGCCUCAGCUGCCCUCUUCCUUGCCCUCAAUCUCCUCUUCUUCACCCUCACCAGUGCAUGUAGCAACUGCAUCAGCCCACCCCCGAAGCACCCCACGCCCACCCCAUGCCCUCCCUCCGGCUCCGGCUCCGGCUCCGGUUCCGGCUCCGGCUCCGGCUCCGGCUCCGGCUCCGGCUCCGGCAGUGGCAAGUGCCCUGUCGAUGCACUCAAGCUAGGCGUCUGUGCCGACGUGCUGAACGGCUUGAUCCACCUUAAGCUUGGCAAGCCACCCAAGCUGCCCUGCUGCUCUUUGCUUGAUGGACUCGUCGACCUCGAGGCUGCCGUCUGCCUCUGCACUGUACUCAAGGCUAACAUUCUGGGGAUCAAGCUUAACCUCCCCAUCCACCUUAGCCUGCUGCUUAACUACUGUGGAAAGAAUACCCCCAAAGGAUUCCAGUGCCCUUGAGCACUCCAAGUCUUUCUCUUCCUUGGUUCGAUUUGUUGUGUUUGAAUUCUUAUCCAGAACGGUAUUUUUUUUUCAUUUUUUCUUCAUGUUCUCGUAUGGAGUUCUUGUGAGUUCUUGUUCUUGUGUCACUGCUCGUGAUCAACAUUCAAUGUAUUGGCAAGGAAGGAGAUGAGACAGCACGCUCGAAGAGCUGUUAUUGGUGCUUUGAAUUAUGUGUUGAAGUCGCAAUUGCUUUAAUAAAAGUGUAUUGUUCAGUGGUA